CUCAACGCUAUCAGCCUCCGUUGAGAGCCACGGAGCGAACCUAUCAAAAGUCCACAGACAUCAUGAACUCCUGAUAUGCACUUAGUCCAAUGGUCAACAUCGCCUGGCUGGCCCUUGGAUGUCUGCGGCGCCGCUCUGGCACAAAGCAGCCAGUCUGCACGAGAACUAGAAAGCCGAGCUUGUGUGUGGCAGCCAACAGUUUGUGUUGAUUUAAAAAAACGAAAAAAAACAAAAAAAACAACUACAGUUAGGCCGGGGGGACCGCAGGCAUGUCUGAACCGAAUAGAUUUGUGAGUCCGUUUCACAGACCACAGUUUGUGGCUGCUGCAGCUCCGGCGGGGAAAGCCAAACUAACGCACCCGGGCAAGGCUAUCCUGGCAGGCGGGAUUGCAGGAGGCAUUGAGAUCUGCAUCACCUUCCCAACAGAGUAUGUAAAAACACAGCUGCAGCUGGAUGAAAAAGCCAACCCUCCCAAAUACAGAGGAAUUGUCGACUGUGUGAAGCAGACGGUGAACGGCCAUGGGGUGAAGGGGCUCUACAGAGGCCUGAGCUCGCUGCUCUACGGCUCUAUACCCAAAGCAGCAGUCAGAUUCGGGAUGUUUGAGUUUCUCAGUAAUAAAAUGCGAGAUGAGAGCGGUAAAUUAGACAGCAAGCGAGGAUUCUUCUGCGGUCUUGGAGCCGGAGUUGCGGAGGCUGUGAUUGUAGUCUGUCCAAUGGAGACUGUUAAGGUUAAAUUUAUCCAUGACCAAACAUCAGCUAACCCAAAGUAUAGAGGAUUUUUUCAUGGGGUCAGGGAGAUUAUAAGAACUCAAGGACUAAAGGGGACCUAUCAGGGGCUCACUGCCACUGUGCUAAAACAGGGAUCCAAUCAGGCCAUCCGCUUCUAUGUCAUGACCUCGUUUAGAAACUGGUACAAAGGCGACGACCCCAACAAAGCCAUCAACCCUGUGAUAACUGGCCUGUUUGGAGCUUUUGCUGGUGCUGCCAGUGUCUUUGGAAACACACCGCUGGAUGUGAUUAAGACCAGGAUGCAGGGCCUCGAAGCCCACAAGUACAAAAGCACAGUUGACUGUGCUGUUCAAAUCAUGAAGCAUGAAGGACCAAAGGCGUUCUACAAAGGUACCAUUCCUCGUCUGGGUCGGGUGUGUUUGGAUGUCGCCAUAGUCUUCAUCAUCUAUGAGGAAGUCGUCAAGGUCUUAAACAUUGUGUGGAAGACAGACUGAGCUGGAUGCCUCAGUCCUACACCACCUGGAGUGUUCGUAUAGUUACUGAAACAGGCUAAAUCCCAUCUUGUUAAAUCCUGGCUUCUACGUUCUAAUGUCUACCUCCAAGUAUUUUCAGACAGAAAAAAGGAUCAGGUUGAUUUAAUACGUCAUUCUUUAUUUCUGUAGCACAGCAGCAGUGCAAGCAUUGCCUGCUUGGAGCUCCUUAAAGUUGCAGAACUGGUGCUCACAGUUGGUCUUUUUUCUCAGAGCUCAGGGAAAAAGAACAGGUUGCACUUAUUUAGAUCUGCUCUACCAAAAGAAAUGUGAGCACUGUCAGCACAAACUAAUGCAACCCUGUGUGCACUUAAUAAAAAGCUAACAGGCAACCCCUUAUAAUGUGAUUUAAAUACUAGAGGGGAAAAAACUCAGAGAUCCAACAUUUAUCACAAGCCCUAUUUUAGAAUGUAAGUAAUUCGAGAUUUUAUUAAUUUGGUACCUAAUGCAAUAAAUAAUAUUCAAUAUGUAAUAUACUGCUGCGGGACAAAUAGAUUAGGAACUAAAUGUCUUAAUUCUAGAAUGUUAAAACAUAUGUAGAUUCUGUUAGGAGGUUUAAUUUAAUGAUAUUGUUGUAUGACAAUUUGUUUAAAACACACAUCCUUUUAGGAUGAGUUUGAGGUAGGAAGAUCUUUUAUGUUCAUUUACUUGAUGCCCUGCGAAGUGCCUAUAAUUUCUAUGAUUCAUUUUUGAUCUUAAGGAUGAGAGAAUGAUGUACUCCAUCACUACAUAUUUUAGGAGUGUACUUGGUUUGAAACACUGCUAUUAAUUCCCCAGCAGUGCUUAAGGGGUCUUCUUCACUCAUCUGCAUCAACAUCAAUGUUUCCUUUUACUUUUUCUGCUUUUAAAUAAAACUUUGCUAUUAAUGUGCUUCAGAUGCAACUACUGGUGCCUUUCAUCUCAUUCCCUAGAGUCUUUAAUACAGAUGUUGAAUUUCUGACGAUCUAAAGUUAAUUGCCUUUACUUUUGACACCAAAUGAUGACCUAAUGUGCCAACUGCUGCUCAUAAUUACAGAAUAAUAUGUAAUGGACUCACCUGUUUACAUUCAUUGCUAACCCUUAUUUUGCUUAUUGCAGUUUCUGUGUACAACAUACUAUAUUUACUGUGAAUUAUAUUUAUCUUUCAUGUUAAUCUUUUAACACUGGACCUCCAUCACAGUUAUUUAAAUGUAUGUGGAGUUCAGAUUAACACUGAAAAUGUUCACAGUCCAUAGAACAUCAUAUUGUGUCUUCAGUCUCAUUAUUUCCUCUAGUCAUGCUCACAAAUAAACAUGGGUCGGACUGUUUA